AUGUUUGAGGCCGUCUACAUAGCAGACAUCAACAAUAACUUGGUGUUCGAGUACCUCAUAAAUCUCAGCUCGCCCAAGUUCAAGUCGUUGACCCCAAUUCUUUCCCAGGCCGCCCAGAACCAUGACCAGUUACCGUUGAUCGAAAUCAACCCUGAGUACUUCAUCGUGUUUGAGAAGACCAAGAACCUUCUCAUCUACGUGCUAUGCUCCAAUGAGUCCCACUCCAACCCUCUCAUGCCGCUUAUCUUCAUCCAACGGCUCUUAGAGGUCAUGAGUGACUACUUUGGCACACCACUAGCGCUUACCAAAAUCGACGCAAACAACGACACAUUAACUUUGUUGAUCAACGAAAUGUUGGAUGACGGCACUCCCAACACCACUGACUUCAACAAGCUCCGUGAAUUGAUUCCUUCCAAGAGUUUUUUGUCCCAAUUGUUGAGCACCAGCAACGAGCUUGCAUCCAGUGCUGCUGCCCACGUCACCAAGAGCCAUAUGCCCAACCAUUCGGGGUCUGGGGCCAAAUUGGAGCCCCUCAACACCAUCCCAUGGCGACGCUCCAACGUCAAGUACACCAACAAUGAAAUGUACGUGGACAUCAUCGAGACGGUUAACGUGAUCUUAAAGCCAGCCAAACUCGCCAAAAAAACCCAGCUUUACUCCUCCAACAACCACUUCGACUCUGCAUUCUACUCGUCAUUAAAGGCCUCAUCCCAGAUGGUGCCUAUCUCUGGCCACAUACUGGGACAGAUCAACUUUAUAUCUCAUCUCACUGGUGUUCCGUUGUUGCAGUUGUUGCUUUCGAUAAAUGGCUUGGAUCUACAGCUUCCCAGCUUCCACAAGUGCAUCGAGGUAGAGAGGUGGUUGAGCAGUCCUGGAACCCUUUCCUUCAUACCCGCAGAUGGCAAGUCUGUGUUGAUGAACUACGAAAUUGAUCUCGAUUCUGCCCACCGCGCAAACGACUUGUUAGGGUUGAUCAGCGUUGAUUACAGGAGUGGUUUGGGUGUAUCCAAGAACGAGUUUGAGGUCAAGUUGAUUAUCGAUAACGUCAAGGCCGUAUCCAAAAUCGAAGACAUGAAGGUGGAGAUAUUCUGCGAAGAAGAGGGGCUGGGUGAGGUUACCAAUGUCAAGUCCAACAGAAUUACCCACGGCGAUUUCACCUACAAAGGCAAGGGCCAUUGCGAGUGGAAUUUGAGGACGGUGAACACCGGAAUACUGCCAUUGUUACAAGGUACCAUCAUCACCUCCAACAUGGAGCCAGAAGACAGCAGAGAGUCCACUCCUAAUUUGAUAGCAGUUACAACUGUAAAACCCAUCAGGCCCGAAUACGUGAAGUUAACUUUCAACUACAAGGGUUCUGUGCCUAGCGGCUUGAAAGUGGACAGCUUAAAGGUUGUCAGUGCCAAGGGCAUGGGCGACACUGUCAAGCCGUACAAGGGGGUCAAGUACAUUACUCGAAGCGGAGAUUUUGUGAUUAGAUCUUAA